AGAAUUGGAAUUAACAAGUGAUUAAAAUUAUUAGAGCAAAACUACGAGGAUAUAAACCUCAAAUUAAUUGCCAUAAAAAAUUAUACCAGUGAGCCAUAAAAGUGAAACCCAUAAUCCCGUGUUGAUUAUCCCUAAUAAUCGUAAAAGAAGAUCGCAAACAGCUGCCCGACGACGGGGUGUGAUUACGUGUGAAAUGGACAUCAAAUUACUGUUCACCACCUGCCGCAAAUGACCGGCCAGGAGGAGAUUCCUUCAUUGCCAGAGCAUCCCCGGAGCAAUGUCCCCCUGAAAAGAUGACUUUCAACAGAAGAAAAACGGCAAAAUGAAUUCACUUCCAAAUUGGUUCACCAUCCUGACUGUUGCUACUGGGCUGCAAUAUUGUUUCUACUGCUUUGCGAUAGUAAAUUGCUCACGGACGUCGUCGUCAUCAUCGUCGUCGUCGUCUUCAAUGCCCUACGGCGACAGUGAAAUUCUCAAAUUGACGCAAUCCCCGGCCGGAUCUGAUGCCCGGCUGAGAUGUGGCAUCAAGGAAUAUCAUGCGGACCACAUGAACUCGUCGGAUGUGCGGUGGUACUUUAAGCCCUGCGGCGAGGGAACCAACCGCACAUCCUGCACCAACCGCGACCAGCUUGACCAAAUCCCGUGGCGCCCAAUCGACUGCGAAGGCCGCCGCUGUCGGGUAACCCUCUUCAUCCGCAAUGCUUCCGAAGCGGAGUCCGGCCUGUACCGCUGCAGCAUCCACCCCUACCGGACGGACAACCGGACCCAGUUCGAUAUCCAACUGAUUCGAACCUUCCAGCUGGAUGUCAUCAAAUCCCUGCUGGACGAAACCGUGUCCGCCCCGGAGCUGCUGGACAACCUCCCGGCGAACACCACCGCCCUCCUGGACUCGCAGAUCGUCCUGCAGUGCCGGGUGUACAGCAAGGCUCAACCCUCGAUCAAGUGGUUCCGGCGGAUCAACCUCAACAACCCCCCGCUCGAAGAUCACAACUUCAACCAGAACAAAUCGAUCCGCUACCUGGAGAACUUCUACGAGCUGGUACCGUCGUCCGGCGAGAAACCACUCUCCGAGGACGUCUACCUGAGCAAACUGAUACUGUACAACGUUUCGGAGAGGGACAUCGGCAUCUACGUCUGCGUCGGAAUCAACUACGGAGGGGUGAACACCGCCGAUGCGUACGUCAACGUAGUCCACCCGAAUGGGUCCACCGUGGGUAGCGGAACCAGUGUGGCAGAUUUGAUGGUUCUCUUUCUAAUUCCACUCGGUUUGGCGUUGAUUCCGCUUAUGGUGUGGAUUUGCUUCGUGGUGACGAGGCGAUGCAACAGAACCGGGACGGAGACGAAGCCGAUCGUGGUGGAGACGAAGACCAUCGCCGGAACGAGGAUGGUUCACCAUCUUCAACAGCAGCAGCAGCAGCAGCAAACUAGGCAGCCUUCGAGUGUGAGGAACGCCAGCGGUGGAUUUAAGGAGAAACACAAACGGAAUCUUAGCUACGAAGGUUCGCAUUUGUACGAGAAGAUCAAUGUAGUGUAGGACUGCUGGGAGGUUAGGUUAAUCAUACGAUUGAUAAAUGUGGUGCCAAAGUGAUAUUUAUUUUUUCUUGUAAAUAGUAG